GGAUAGCGAUGUUGCAUGCGAUAUAAUGAUAAUAUUUAAAGAAGAAUUUAAAGGUUACGAAAGAAUUAAUAAAGGCCACUCGUGUUAUCGAGCUGAAGAUGCUAAAUAUUGUCUUCUUCAUCCUAACUUGAUCCUUUCAGUAAAUGAUCUACAAACUGCCGAAAUAGUCGAAUUUGAUAAUUGCGACGAUCGAAUAAGAGAAAGCUUUUGCCCAGGAGUAGCGAAUAAUUGUACAAGCAAGCAUCCAGGCUAUGAUUGUUUAUGUAAUAAAGGCUUUAAGGCAAUAGAGACAUUUUACAAACCCGGUACUAAGUACCAGUAUUGUGAAGAUAUUGAUGAAUGCCUUGAUGUAAAUAUUUGUGGGAGUAAUUCGAACUGCAUUAAUACUGUUGGAAAUUUUACAUGUUCCUGUAUAGAUGGAUUUGUACGAAACAAGAAUAAAAAUAAAUUCGAAUGCGAAGAUAUUGAUGAAUGUCUUGAUGCAAAUAUUUGUGGGAGUAAUUCGAACUGCAUUAAUACUGUUGGAAAUUUUACAUGUUCCUGUAUAGAUGGAUUUGUACGAAACAAGAAUAAAAAUGAAUUCGAAUGCGAAGUUUCAGGAGAGAGAAAAACACGUUAUGUCUUAAGCAUUGUUGGCUACGUCCUUGGAACAGUUUUGUUACUUUCAUUAUUAUUUAUAAUUAUACUAGCAAUUAGGUUAAGAAAGCAAUCUAAAAUCUCUCAACGUUCAAAUGAAUCGCUAGAAAACUUGGAUGGCAGAUCUGUCAAUCAAGGAAGUUCACAUGAAAUAUUAUUUCAAGAACGUACUCACCAUGAAACUAAUCCUGUAUCAAUCCCUCGUGUGAAUCGAUACAGAAAACAACUGCGUAAUCCCUCUGUGCGCCCGAUCGAACAUUACGAGGACUAUCCGUAAUCAUAAUUUACACUUUAAUCAUUUUUAAUUGUAAAAAGCAUUAAUAACUUGAAAAUAAAAUUACA